UGCAAAUCCCGAUUCAAGAAACUGCCACCGUUUUUUUCAGAGUUUAUUUAAUGCCACAACCGUUAGCACUAACGUCUUGGACCCACAUGAUUGGUCAAACUUUUUUGACUUUGUCCAGAUUACUUACACGUGUCUUAUGUGGACGGCUCAAGAUGUCGAGCAUGAGAUUAUUACACGUAGCACAGGCUAAAUGACUAUUUUAUCCUUCGUGGGAUUGAAAACAGUUUGCAACUUUGUAUCGUUUCAUUUUUUUUCUAGGGUUUGCUCGUUCUCUCUGUCCGCUCUGUUCUCUAGUGGAAGAAAUUAGGGUUUGGGUCAGUUUUCAGCGGGAUUUUGCUUAGGUUUAGUGUCUGAGUAAAGGGUUGGGGAGCGAUCGAGAUUCAGAAAAAGAAGGGGAAGGACAAGCAGCAGAUAUGGUAUGAUUGCAAACCCUAAUUUCGUUUUUCUGAGUUGAAUUAGGGGUUUUCUCUUAGGUUUCUGUUUCUCUUUCUUGUACUUUUUUUCUCUUGCUCUAUGUCCGCUCUGUUCUCUAGUGGAAGAAAUUAGGGUUUGGGUCAGUUUUCAGCGGGAUUUUGCUUAGGUUUAGUGUCUGAGUAAAGGGUUGGGGAGCUGAAGAUGAAGAAGAAUAAGGGGAAGCACAAGCAGCGGAUAUGUGACCAUACAUAUUAUCCAUAUAGAGAUAUCAGUGUGUUUGUUGUGAAUAGUAAACUUAAUUUGCUAUUCCCUCACAUGGAUAGAGAUAGAAUUGACCUUAAGGAAUUUGAGAAGAUGUUGCGUGUUAAGUUGCAUCUUGAUGAAACAGAAAUUCCAAAUUUAUAUUGGACCAUAGACCCAUGUCUGCCUGAGUAUUUGGUUACAAAUGAAGACUUGUUUAAGUUUUGGGAGCAUGCUGUACCUGAUGAUAAAGGGUUCAUAUGUUUACAAAUGAGUGUAAUGAAUUCAGAAUUUAGGAAUGACAAUGACUUCAUUAAGGAUGCAAUGGAACAACCAGUAGUAACAAUUGAUGAGACUCCUAAGAAGGCACCUAAGAGGAUUGCUAAGAAGCCAGUUUCAAAGGAAAAGUCAGUAAAGAUAUCACCUACAAGGAGAUCACCAAGGUUGCAUGCUCAAUCAAAGAAUGAAAACUCAAAUGGAGGAGCAUCUAGGAAGUUUUUGUUCAUGGAUCUGGGAUAA